AACAUUCUUGUGCAUCACGCAUAUUUGGCAUUUUUCUCUUAUUCAUUCUCACCCCUGUAACAGGGUUUAAGCUUUUUCACCCAAAACCACUCGGAAAACCUCCCAAAAUCUCGUCAAUCUCUCUCUCCGCGGCAAUCUGCAUCCCUCCAGAUGGCAGUGGAUGCGGAUUUCCUCGUCAGCGGAAAGAGAUUCCCUCCAGGGUUCAGAUUCCACCCCACCGAUGAGGAGCUCGUGCUUUACUAUCUCAAGAGGAAGAUUUGCUGUAAAAGACACCAUCCCGACGUCGUCUCUGAGAUCGAUGUCUACAAGUGCGACCCCGAGGAUUUGCCUGUGAUGUCGAAACUGCAAACUGGUGAUAGACAAUGGUUCUUCUUCAGUCCCAGAGACCGGAAACAUUUAAAGGGAGCAAGGUCGAACAGGGUGACCGGGUGUGGUUACUGGAAGGUGACGGGGCAGGACCGUACCAUCUCAUAUGAUUCUCGUCUUGUUGGGAUAAAGAAGACUCUGGUGUUCUACAGAGGUCGUGCGCCUAAAGGAGAGCGCACGGAUUGGGUGAUGCACGAAUAUUCCAUGGCUGAGGACGAGUUCAAACGAUGCCAGGAUGCUAAGGAAUACUACGUGCUGAACAAAGUCUACAAGAAAAGUGGCCCCGGUCCAAAAAAUGGUGAGCAGUAUGGCGCACCCUUUAGGGAAGAGGAGUGGGAUGAUGAUCUUGAAGUUCAGUGCUCCAUUGAGCCGGAGAAACCAACAAAGAAAGCUCAUGAAACUGUUGAUUGUCAACAUCAGUCCUCAUUAGAUGCUCUUGAGGAAAUAGUGGAACGAAUAGCAAAUGAGCCCGAUUCCGUUCAGCCACCGGUUGUUGAUUGCGAGUAUACUCUGGAUCAGUUUCUCGAUGAGGAGGAAACUGAGAGUACAUUAGUUCACCAUUCUUCUGUUGAUGUGUCUGCACCAGUGGUUUAUCCAGCUCAUUGUGCCCUUACUGAGACAACUCGAUUACAGUUGCAAGCAGCACCUGAGCUUUCCUAUGACACAUUCAUUAAUACGGAAGAUCCUAAUGUGACCGGGGAGGACUUCCUCAAAGAUUAUCUUGAAAUGGAUGAUCUAGAUUCAGACCCAACCACACAAAAUCUUAAUAACUGGGGGAAUAAUUUUGGGAGUCUGCAGUUUGAGGGUUUAGAUGAUGAUUUGAGCAUUCUGUAUGAAGACGCUUCUUCUUUCCUUAAUGAGCCUGUUGAGCCCUGGCAUUUUCCCCAGCCAUCUUUGAAUAACUUUGAGAAUGGAGCCAUGGACCCGAGUCCAAGCUCAUAUCAAAGUUAUGUGAUGCAGCAACAAAAUACUAGCAGUUUAGAUGGAGCGAGCUCUCAAAUGUGGAGGGGUGAGCCUACUUACAGUGUAGUGUCCACACCGGAAGUUAAUCAGGACGUCAAUGCACCAUCAACUUCAGGUGCAAUGUAUCAAAACCAAAACAACAGUUUUGUAAAUCAUCCUACUGGGGGGAACGAGAAAGGGGAGGGCGAGCAGGGUGGUGAUAUGGAGUCAUGGUUCUCCUCUGCCGUUUGGUCUUUUGUAGAGUGUAUACCGACAUUCCCCGCUUCGGCUUCUGAAGUUUUUUUGGUAAAUGGGGCGUGUGAGCGAAUGUCUAGCUUAAGCUGGGUAAGAGUUGAUGCCAGAAACACUGCAGCUCCAAGAAAUUCUGGCAAAUCCGGAAUUGGUUUCUUAUGUUUUUCUUUACUGGGAGUAAUACGUGAUAUUCUAUGGCUGCUGACUGGAAUCUCAAAGAGAGUUUACACUACUUGUAGCAUACACAUGUAAUUAUUUGCUGUGCCUCAUUGAAUUGCCGAAAUUUUUGGUAAAUCAAAAGCAGUUGGAAAUAGUACUGUAUAUAUUUAUUAAUUUCAUGA